CCUAGAACAAUAUUACUCUAUGGAAAUCACCUUGCAGUUUUCUGACGAAAUCGAUAUCGGAGAUUAGCACCGUUCACGUUUUUCUUCCAAGCUUGUACUGCAUUUUCACAUAAUCUGCCCACCACGGCACCUCUACAUCCGUACGUCGGGCGAUAUUCGACCCUUCCGUCUUUCUCUUUUCUUGUCCCGAUGGGUUCUCAUCUCCUAUAGUAUAUAGGGAGAAUCUACUUACGGGCUACGACGUGUGAUUGAGUGUUGUGUGCCGAUACAUAUUUGGUCUUCGACGGUGCGCAUACGUCCGGUGUCUGUGAUAUAUCUUAGUGUCAUUUAGUUGUUACGUCGCUCUUGCUGACUGAUUAUGACCGGUUGUUGAACAAGCUCGACGAUGAAAUAAUAUUAAAAUACGUAUUGUAUUGCCGUCCAAAUACAAACGUACUCACCUUCGUUGCGAUAUACCCACAUCACGAUUCAAUCAUUACGUCCAAGGAUCAUUUGCCCGACCAUAAUAUUAUAAACACGUACCAGUCGUGUAAAAUACAUACACUAUGGACAACGAAAAGGACAUUGAGAGCAGCCAAUCAAUAAAUUACAAUAUGGAGGAUAUUUCUCAACCAGAUUUGCUGUGCCAUACCUAUGCAGUUGAUUCUCAAAUGACAAGUAAAACACAUUUAGACAUAAACCAUUCAUUGUCAUUUAGUAAUGCUUCUUGUGAACAUUCUAAAAUGCAAGAAGAAGAAUGCGCUUUUUUAACAAAUAAUCUACAAAGUGUUCAUUUGACACGUGACAAUCCAUUAUCCAUUAAUCUUCCAUCACGGAGACGUCGAUUGAUACCUAUCAAUAAUAAAGCUAAUGAUUAUGAUUAUGAAUCAAGUUCUGGUAGUGAAUUCAGUGAUAAUACUGACAGAUUCUUGAAUGUGGACCUUGGAACUAAAUCAAUACCUGAAUUAACAGCUGAAGAAGAACUCAAAGAUGAGCGUAACUGGAGAUCUUGUACGGUAACUGGUGUUGUUAGUAAGAUUGAUAUGAAAGUAAUUGAGCCUUAUAAAUGUGUACUAUCACAUGGUGGUUACAUGACAACUGGUUCACACAAUGCUAUUAUUGUAUUUAGUGCAUGCUAUUUACCGCAUCGUGAUCGUGUAGACUACAAUUAUGUUAUGAAUAAUCUAUUUGCAUAUGUAGUUUCAACAUUGGAUCAAUUAGUUACAGAAGACUAUGUUCUGGUAUAUCUACAAGGGGGUACUUCAAAGGAUUGUGUUCCAGGUUUCUCUUGGCUGAAACGUUGUUACAAGAUGAUUGAUAGAAAAUUAAGGAAAAAUUUGAAGUUUUUGUACUUGGUUCAUCCAACGUUUUGGUUAAAAACACUUGUAUUAAUGAUCAAACCAUUUGUAAGCUCAAAAUUUGGUAACAAGAUACAUUUCAUCAACAGUUUAGAUGAACUCUAUGAUUGUGUGCCAGUUGAAAGAGCUAGUAUACCAGAUAGGGUGAAACAAUUUGAUUGUACAAAAUCAAAUUCUCACAAGUAAUAUUAAUUUCACUAUAUAACUAUUUAUUAAUAUUAUUACUAUUAUUUACAAUUUUACCUUACCUAUAUACUAUCCUAUUUUUAUCAGUUUGCAAGUCCAGGAACACAAAAGUUAUAAGAUUUAUAACUUUUAUUUUUAUUUUUUAUGAUCUGUAGUUGUAUUAUUUAUUCUAAUUUUUUUUUUUGCACUUAUACUUAAAUCAUAGAUGACUUAAAAUGUAAGAUUGACUAAUUAAUUACAAUAUUAUACUCUUAUCUAUGCAAAACUGUAUAAUAAAACACUAAUUACAUCCUAACAUACACAUUGAAAUAAUUUUCAUCGGGUGAUUACAUUUUAUCUUCAGAAAGUUCUUUUUAUAAUUAACACUUGUUUAAAUAAGAAUAAUUUAUUACAUGUGGAAUUUAAAAAAUUUAUAUAUAUUUAAAAUUAAUCAAUGACUGUUAUGUAUUAUAUUUAAUAAUACAAUGUAUAAAGAAAAAAUUCAAAAAUAUAUGUUUAGCUUUAAUAGUUUCAAUAUUAUAGUUAAUUGCCUUAAGUAACAACAUUUAAAUAUUUUAAAUUUUUAAGGUUUACCUAUAAGUAUCAUAAUAACACUUCUAACUAUGUUGUAACUUUUAUAUUUGAUAAAAGAUAAAAUCACAGUUAUAUUAAAACUAAUAAAACUAAAUUUUAAUUUUCAAUAUUACACUCAUAUAAACGGGUGCGGCAUUCUUCUAUCACUUAAUUACUUAAAACUUUAAAUUGUUUUUAUUUUUCACUACUAAAUUACUAAAUUAUUUCUGAUUCAAAAUAUUCAUGAACAAUUUUAAUUUAAUUAUCAUAAUAUAAAAAAAUGUAAUAAUUAGCCAUAGGUAAGAAAUAUUAUGGUUACCAGUAGUAAAUUACUUAAGUUAUAUAAAUUUUAAACUAUUUUUUCCCAUUCUAGUCCAGUAAUAUACAAUAAUAUUUAUAGUAUAUAUUUGUCUAAAUGUUAGUAAAAAUAAUAGUUAGGAAACAAUUAUUUUUAAUCAAAUGAUUAUUGAGUUAAAAUUUUACACAGAGAAAAAAUAUUCUUAUAAAUUAAGUUCCUGGGCUUAACAUACAAACUAUAAAAUGUAUUAAUAUUAUAUAGUAUUAUUUAAAUACCUAUCUAGUCUAAUUUAUUAUUAUUAUGCUCUCUUUUUGUUAGUGUACUUUUGUGAUAAUCUUGAUCCUAGUUAAUAAAUAUUUUUUUCAGUAUUACAAUAUCAUAUUUAAUUUUUAUAUUAAUAUGCACUUUUAAAUUGUUUUAUAUUUUUUGUUUGUAUUUAUAAUGAUUAUGAUAUCCUGAUUGAUUUUCAGAAUAAAAUAUUCAGAAAUAGUGUUUGACAUUUUUUCCAGAAUAAUUUGUAGUAUUAAAAUUGAAUUUGAAGCAAGACUUUCAUAGACUUUUAGAUGCCUCGUGCCUAUAAUAAUAUAUAUUAAGAAUCAAAAGGAGAGAUAUAAGACAUUGAAAAGUUAAAUGUUUUCUUUAAUUAUUUAUCUUUGUAUUGAGACAUUUCUAUGUAUAUUAAUAUGUAUUUUACAUCAUUUUUUUUAAAUAAUGUGAAUAAGUGAAUAUUGCAACCAUAAAAAUUAUUAACUAGGAUUAUUAUUCCAAAAACUAUUUAAUAUUUCAAAACACUUUUUUACAGUAGAAUUUAAUAUUAAUUAGUCUUAAAUUAUUUCUGUGUUGUAUUGUUUUUUGUUUUUUUUUUUUUUUUUUAUCGUAUCAAGAAAAGGCACAAAAAGACUGUUAUUAUUGCUGAAUUGACAGCAUUUAUUUUAUUAAACUAUAAUAACUACUAUAUUAUGUAAAUCAAAACAAAAAUAAUACAAUGUUGUAUGUAAUUCUGUUACUCAAUAUUAAAAUUAACAUAUUUUUUCUUAGAUGAAAUUGAACAUGUUUACUAUUAAGUAUAAUAUUAUAUAAUUUAUUGUAUAAUAUAACCAAUAUGAAUUCAAAAUUAAAUAAAUUUAAAAAAAUCUAAUUCAAGCUGAAAUGCAGUUCUAGAUUUUUUUUUUGUCUAGUAGGUACUUUCCUUUUUAAUAUUUUGUUGUAUACUAAAUCAUUAUACAAAAUUAAUAAUCUAGAUGUAAAUUUAACACCUAUUGUAUUUUAAUUCUUAUUAUAUGUAACUGUAAAAAUUAUUGUUCAGGUUAAAUAUUGCUACAUGCCUACAUAGGACAAUGCAAUUUAUUGCUGCACAAUAUUUUAUGAUAAUGUUUGUUCUUUUGAUAACCUUUUAGAAACAAAACUACUGUCCAAUUUUAAUUUUAGCUAGAUUUAUAUUGUUACAUAAACAUUUAAAAGACUGACCUUGAACAAUGGAUUAUUGCCAGUAACUGCCAAAUUGUUCAUAAAAAUAUUUAAGUUAGUUACAAUACAAUCAAGGUUAAUACACCAGCCUACAUACAUGCUAUAAUCUUCUACCCAAUAAUGUGUUCAACCUGAGACUUAAUCAUGGUCUAUAGACCAUAUUGUACUGAAUUGAGUCGGUAUGACUUGUUAAUUAUUUGCCUUGCUUUCCUUCAUUAAAUGAAAUUUCAAUUA